ACGUAUUUUUUUUUUCUUCUCCUUUUACUUUCUUUUACUUCUGAUGAAACCCAUAACUUGUUUGUGCUCUCUGUAAUCUCUGCUAUUUUGUUUUCCCCUCUCAUUGUUCCCCAAGCUUGAAAGUGCUUUUUGUUGUACUCGCCAUUACUUUUCACAGUUCCGGUUCAUUUUCUUCCCUAUGCGAAUCUGCUACUUCUUUGGUGAAUACUGAAGUGAGUUUUUAUAAUUCUUCACUGUUCGCUUCGUGGGUUACAAGAAAAGGAUCAAAGUUGGCAGUUCCCUAACUUAUUUUGUUGUGGAUUUAUACCUAUUUAUAAACGUUGCUGUGGAAUUGUUGUAAAUGGGAGAAACCACGGCUAUCCAAGCAACAAAAUCAAAUCAGACCCCCAAGUCUAUUAUACACCAGAAAUAUGGUACCAAUGCUUUCUAUAAGAUAGAGGAAGUGCGAGAGCCCGUUCAAAACAGUUGUCCAGGGCUGGCUAUCCCACAACAGGGCCCCUGCCUCUUUCGUUGUAACUUGCAGCUUCCAGAACUUUCCGUUACUUCGGAAACUUUCAAAAAGAAAAGGGAUGCUGAGCAAAAUGCUGCUCAGAUGGCUCUAGAAAAGCUUGGUAUCCAGCCUGCAACUGAUAGUCCCACAUCACGAGAACCAUGGGAUGAAUUAAUUGCUCGUAUCUCGUUUCUAUUUUCCAAUGAGUUCCUUUCAUCACAACAUCUGCCACAACAUCCACUAAUUGGUCACUUCAAAGCUGCAUUCCAGAGAGAGACUGAGUGUGGUUUACUUCCUGUGUCCGUCCUUGCCACAUAUGAUGCAAAGCUUAAUAACUUAUGCAAAUCCAUCAAACAUAACGUGGAACGGGAUCCACACUUGAUUGUGACACUUAUUAUGAAGGCUGCCAGAUUAUCCGAUUCUGCUGCUAUUUCUCAAGGAAAGCUCUGGAUUUGGAAGCAGAGCCCAUAUUCUCCGGAUAUUUUGAAGGCUUUAACCAGCCAGCAAUUGAGCUCAUCAGAAGGGAUCUGGAUCCAGGCCGUAAGGAUUCCCUGUUCAAUUGAGAAGCCUGUUGAGCCAGUUACACUUUAUAUUUCCUCCAAUGGAUAUUAUAUGGAUGCCAUUGCUCAAAAACUUGGUCUAACUGAUAACUCUCAGAUUUUAGUCUCAAGGACUGUUGGCAAAGCAUCUUCUGAGAUGAGAUUGUACUUUUCUGUGUUGGAGUUACCUGUUCCAUCGGAUUCAUCUCUGGAGGAUCUUUUAGAUGCAAAAGAAGUUGUUACUGAUGGAUCUUUUAAUGAGAGGGCAUCUUAUUUUUCAAGUCAAAAUAUAUAUGGAGAUGCUAUAUUGGCAUCCAUUGGAUAUACAUGGAAGUUUCCAGAGCUUUUCCAUGAAGACGUAUCAUUGGGUACCUACUACAGGAUGCUGAUUGGCAGGCUUCCCAAUGGAGGUUACAAGUUAUCUAGAGAAGCAAUACUUGUGGCAGAGUUACCUGUAGCAUUCACUUCACGUUCAAACUGGAGAGGUUCCUUCCCGUCAGAUCUCCUUGCGAUGUUCUGCCGUCAGCAUUGGUUAUCAGAACCGGUCUAUUCUACAAUAAGUAUAACUGAUCCUGUGGAUCCUUUCUCAGUAACAUCACAAGCAUCCAAGAAGUUAAAAGUAACAAAGCCAGUUGAAGAAGAAACAAAAUAUGCAAAUGGAGGGUCACGUGAUGCUAAUGACAAGGAAUCGAUAACACUUGGAGAUUCUUUCCGAUGUGAAGUGAAAAUUUUGUCUAAGGGUCAAGAUCUGAUAAUUGAGUGCUUUCCUGUAGAUUCAUAUAGGAAGCCUAAUGAUGCCAGACAGAAUGCUGCUUUAAAAGUUCUGUCAUGGUUAAACAAAUAUCUUAAGUUAGAUAUGCAUGUAGAGAAGUUGUUCUCCUCUGGGGAAACUCAUGGUCUUUCUUUUUAUCCUGAAACAUUUUCGAAGGAGUUUGCAUUGUGUCGGUCUGUUCAUGCUGGUCAGCUUGCAAGUGCUCUUCGAAAAUGCAGUUUGUUGGCCUCAAGUUGCGUGGAUCAGCUGAACAUAACCCAGGAACAGAGUGUGUGUUCUUUCAAAGUUGAAGGUCUGGAUUCUGGUGUCUUCCCAUCUACUGGGACUUUAAUAUGCAUAAGUUAUGUUGUCUCUUUAGUGAGAAAAGAAGAGGACACGAAAGAAUCUCUUGAAAGCAGUGAUGAGUUUGAGUUUGAAGUUGGGACUGGAGCAGUGAUUCCCGAGGUUGAAGCAUGCGUAACCCAGAUGUCAAUGAACCAGUCUGCUCAUUUUAAUACUGAACUUCCUCCUCGUGACUUUAUUUUUGCCGCAGCUGGUGAUUCUGCAAAGUCGAUGUCACUUUUAUCUAUGGGUGCGUGCUUCUUGGAGUAUUCUAUAUCUUUACUGCGACUUAUGGAACCCUUGGAAGAGAGAAUGGAGCAGGCUCUGUUCAGCCCUCCUCUUUCGAAGCAGCGGGUGGAAUUUGCAUUGAGACACAUCAAUGAAUCCUGUGCUUCUACUUUGGUUGACUUUGGCUGUGGGUCUGGCAGCCUAUUGGAUUCUCUAUUGGAUAUUUCAACCUCCCUGGAAAAAAUGGUUGGUGUUGACAUAUCAAGGAAGAGUCUAAGUCGUGCAGCCAAGGCACUCCAUUCGAAACUAAGUGAAAAUUCUGACCCUGCUAAGUCAAGCAUAGGCAUAAAAUCUGCCUUGCUAUAUGAUGGUUCCAUCACAGUGUUCGACCCUCGUCUUACUGGAUUUGACAUUGGCACUUGCUUAGAGGUAAUUGAGCAUAUGGAGGAAGACCAAGCACAUUUGUUUGGCGAUGUUGUUUUGAGUUCUUUUCGUCCAAGGAUACUUAUUGUCUCCACACCAAACUAUGAGUACAAUUCUAUUCUCCAGAGAAAUGAUCUAUCCAACAAGGAUGAGGAUCCAGAUGAGAAGAUGCCUUGCAAAUUCCGCAACCAUGAUCACAAGUUUGAGUGGACCCGAGAGCAGUUCAAUAACUGGGCUUCAGACCUUGCCAUGAAGCACAGUUAUAGUGUCGCGAUCAGUGGGGUAGGUGGGUCUGCUGAUGUGGAACCUGGUUUUGCCUCCCAGAUCGCGAUCUUUAGGAGAGGGCCAAUAGAUGUGGUGGAGUGUUCUGAAAAUGUAGAUAUCGCCCACCCAUAUGAAGUUAUAUGGAACUGGAGUCGUGGUUGAAUCAUGAUCUGUUCCCUGAAGUUCAAUUGGUUUCUGCACCUAUGAGCCCUUGCAAAUUGAUACAUCUUUUUUUCUGCAUCUAAUGGGAGUUAAAGAGUUGGGGGCCAUUAUAUUUUAGAGAUAGCUUAGCUGUAAGGGCUCUUUUCUUUCAAGUUUGUGUAUGAAGCAUAUAUAUACCUAUACCUUAAUAUAUAUAUUUACAUGUAUAUACCGAGAAUGUUAUUCAUAGGGAUUGAGCCCAUAAUUUAAUGAUAGCAUCGUGCAUUUCUGACUUA